AAGACGAUAGUGAAGAUGGCUCCUCAACUCUAUUUAACUAUGUACAAAGAGCAGUUUGCCUCUCCUGGCACAGCAAAACGAGAACAGCUCCGACCCACCUCUGCCAAUCGCCGGAACAACCCCCAGCCCCGGCCGGACUUUCUUUUUCCCAAGAGCCUUCAGUCCAACUACAGGUCACGCCGCACAUUAGCACACCCCUCGCCCCCUGCGGACAUUGGCCGUCCCCUCUUCCCCCCUGUCAGACAUUUAUCUUUCCACAGUCCAGUUGUGACUUGUCCAGACAGCUACCUGUUGACAGGCAAACCAAACCACAUGCCUCCUGUCAACCCACCCACAGCACAAGCUCUGCCCUCUGCUGGCGCACUGCAGAAACUACAGCUGACUGAGCCUCCUUCUGGCACUGAGUUUAAGCUUCAUGCAGCUUGGAAGAAGCCAACAGCAAGGGUUGUUCAUCCACUAUCAGCACCGCUACUCAGGCAACAUGCAGGGGCCCAACUUCGGACAAGACCCCAAACCAGCAACCCUCAAUACCACUCUCUGCGGACACAAUACCGAAGGUCUAACAGCCAGAGUAAUAGUGGGUGCUACAGCUGCUUCCAUGUGGUGAAGCCCUACCAGGCCGGACACUACAUCAUACACCCUGAGUUUGUGUCUGAGUGCCUUCGCUAGGACUAUAAGCAUUGUUUUCCAAAGCGGCAACUGGGGACCUGCUGAGGUCCUUUAUAGGGAUUGUUAACUUUACUAUUGUUUAAUUCUUCACUAAUUAAUCCGGCGAGACAAGGUGUGAGAAUGAAUAAUGUAACUGUAAGCAGCACUUUUAAUACUAUUAUAUCCCUAAACAGCGUGGCCACUUUUACAACUCAGUACUAAAUCAAGCAGCAAAGAUCUUCCCAGAGAGAGGCAAUGUGGCCCUAAUUUGUUUCAAUCUGUGGCAUUACAAUUGUUUCCUAGUAUUAGAGAGAUGAUUUUAUGCAUUUGAAAAGGAAUUCUUUAAUGCAUGUCUGGGGGGUUGAAACAUUAAGAACUCUGCAAACAAGGAAACUUUACAGACCUUUUAUGGGGAUUAUCGUAUGAAAUGUCUCUAUAUAACAGAUGUAAUAUAUGACCAUACAUGGAAUUUAAGUCCCCAUGUGAACAUGACUGUGUUUUUUCAGCUAACUUUGUUAAUUGCAGGGAUUUAAAACUUGUUUUUGGCUCACUUACAAUGCAAAAACCUUGUAAUUUAACUAGUGUGACAGGAAUAAAUUAUGUACUACAGUGUACAAUCUGUAUAUUAUGAACAAAUAAACAGUAAUGC